AUCAGAUGUUUAGUUAACCUAGUUUUUUAGAAAAAAAAAAAAUUGAAAUGUUACAUUGAAAGUGAAAUUCCAGAUUAUAAUCAACUAUUAUAAUAACGUAUUAUCAAACAUUGAAGGUUUGAAGGAAUAAAUGAAGGCAGGAAUUUUAAGAAAAAAAAAAGUAAUCUUAUUUAUGAUUUUGUUUAUUUCUAUAGAAGUUCAACCAGCUCGCCGUAGUCUCAGAUUUCAUCCUUAAAAAUCAAAGUUGUGAAAACUUCACUUAUAUUUUUAAGUUCCAGCUUUUAUUUUUUCUGACUGAAGAAGAGUAUUGGUCUUGUUAACUCCGAACAAAUAAAAAGUUGAAUUAUUUCUAUGGAUUUUUGUUCCAUUCAUUUUAAAUGUGAAAACGUACCUAUCAUGUAUAUAACUACUGUUAGUGCAAAAGGUGCUUUCAGAGGGAGAUCCACCUUGGUGACAGAAACAGCUGGGAAAGAUAUCACAGGAAAGAGAUGGAAGAGAGGAGUGAAGUAUUACUGUGCUGUCCUCAUAAUGGGUGUCAAGAAUUCCUUUAACAGCAAAACAGAGCUGCAUCUUGAAUGCCCUGUAAGCAAUGGGAGUCCCGUUGGGCAUUAGGAAGAUAGUCAGUGACUACUUUAAGGAUAGAACACUAAUAUAUGGGACAGAGGAUGACCCAAGGUUUCAAGUUACUGGGGGAGGGAGGAGGAUACCCCAGUGUUCAGUGCUGGAACUCCUACUGUGGAACAUAAUGUAUGGUGGUGUUCUCAGACACAGCCUUCCAGAUGGUUCCAGAACAGUGGGUUUUGCUGAUGACUUAGCAGUUGUAGUUGAGGCCAAAUGCAAAGAAGAGGUGAUGCAAAAGGCUAACCAAAGUAUUAAAGUAAUUUGCAACUGGUUGGCAACGAUGGGACUGCAGUACAUAGACCACAAGAAAGAAGCCCUUCUGAACAGCAGCAGAAAAAGAGAUAGAUCACCCUGACUGUGGGGAGAAAGGAGAUAAGGUCCAAGCCUUUCUUGACAUACCUUGGGGUGUGAAUCAAUGUAAGAUUCAGCUUCAAGGAGCAUAUCCAGCGAGCGAGCGAGCAAAGAGGCAUCUAGAGUGACCAUCACUCUGUGCCGACUAAUGCCAAAUGUUGAUGGACGUAGGCACAGUCGCAGGUUGUUGCUAUCAAGCAUCGUUCCAUCUAUUUAACUCUACGCAGCUGUUAUAAGGAAAAGGACCUUUGAUACUAUGGGUUAUAGAAAACCAAUGGUAAUCGUAUUCCACCGGAGUGCCUAGAGAGAUAAGUGCAUUUCAUAUGAAGCAGCAUGUGUGGUGGCCAGGAUGCCACCAAUAGUACUGAUUGCAGAAGAAAGAAUCGCAUUCCUGGAGUCGAAGAAAGGAAGGAGAUUGACAAAUGGUAAUGACGCUGGACUAUAGUAUCGAAUGGAAGGUGGACACAUACUGGUUCCUUGUAUCCAAUUCUGAAUAAACAGGAAGCGGAAAAACAGUUGUGGAAUCAUUACAAAUACAAACAGCUAAACCAUCAAUACCAAUGACCUCAGGUUUACCAAGACUAUUUUUGUUCAUUGGAUGAAUGAUGAUUGUAAAAAAAAAUUAAAAAAGAUUCUGAUAGAGCUGAUAAUUUUUUGAAAAACUAUACACCUGAAAAUUUGAUGGAAUAUAAAAAAUAGCAGUCUAUGUGCAAAAAUUUAUUCAAUAAAUAUAAGAUGUAGUCAUGGACAAAUUGUUAAGUUCCAUAAAUAUCUUGAUAACAUUAUCUGACACAUAUAAAAAGUCCACACAUUACCCUAAAAUCUCUUUUUCCUGCUGCAAUAUUAUAGUCAACAGAGAAUUGUCAGACAGUCAUUUGCUUAUUGCAAACAUAUUAACUGAUUUUUCCUAUAAAAUUUAAUUAUAAAUGCUGUGGCUCUAUCCUAUAACCUUCCAUUUUCUCUAAUUUUGUUUAAUCAGUCACUUCAUAGUUAGAAUAGAUUUUGAACUAUUCGAAUACUAUGGAAAGAUAAGUAGUGUCCCUCAGAGUUGUGUCCUUGGUCAUAUCUGUUUUAUCUGGCAAUAAAUGACUAAGGAUUCAUCGAGCCAAACGUUGUCAAGCCACAAUUGUUUACAGAUUAUUUAGCCAUUAUCUGUUGUCCUGAAAACACUGGCACUAUGUAAUACAAGUUAAAGGAUGCUGUAAAUAGAAUAAACAACUGGUCUAUUUCCAUUAAGCUCCAAAAUUCUACCGAAAAACUAAUUCCUAAAUUUUAUUUAAAAGAGGAAAAACACUUUCUCCUCUCCUGAACCAUUGAAAAAAAACUGGAGUGUUUUAAAAAUUAGACAAACAUAACUGAAGAUAUCCAUUUUUUACUGUUCAAAAAAUAUUGUUCAUUAAAAUAUUCCGUUGUUCUCCAUGUGAAGAAAUAAUAUAACUGCCAAAUCUCAACUUUUAAAUGAGAGACAAAAAAAGGUUAAACAAAUUAAAUUUUCAUAAUGUUUAGGUUGUUUUUUUUUAAUAAUAACUACUAGCAAGUGAUAUACUAUCAACUAUAAAACAAACCCCCACAUAUCUUAUUACAGUAAGGCUUGAAAUCGGUUUUAUACAAAAUAUAAGCUCCUGUCAUGGUCAAAUUCCAUGAAUGGGAUACUGUUGUAUUCAGAAUUUCAUGGGUUUUAGCGAAUCGUACUAUCCACUUUUGUUUUUCUUAAUAAAAACACUGCGUUUUCAAGCCCAAAAAUGUACCAUUUUCAAGAUAAGGCAUGAAAAAGAGUUCUCAGGCACACAACCUCAGUCAAUUGUAGUACUGCCAUGGGAUACAUGGCUCAUGACAUGGACUUGAGGUUCCUAUGAUUGAGAGAGGAGUUUAUAUUAUUUAUCAAAGGUGUUUUUUUGUCGGUAAUCAAUUUCUUUGUUAAUUCUUCAUCAAAUCCCAAGAUUGCACCAUUAUUUUGAAAGUUUCCUUGUCCUUCAGGUGGGAAAAAUAGUCAUAACUUCUUCCGAAAUUUCAGGAAAAAAGUUAAGAAGGAGAAGAAACUUUAUUUGUGAAUGACUCAAAUGUACAAGCUUUUUUGUUGAUGAUACCCAUGAUUAUUUAAAACAUUACUAAAUUCCUUACAAAACGAAAAAAAAAAAAAAUCAUGUAGUAAAUUGAUUAGAAAUUUUUUCAAUAAGAUGUUUUUGAUUCUAUUACUAUUUUAGCUCUUAUUUUCGGUUUAUAUUCUUUAGGAGAGUUCUAUUAUAGCCCAUUUCAUUUCAAAAUGACUAUAUAUUUAGCAUAGAGCUGUAGUAUGAGUACAACGUUGAAACAAUCUGUACUGACUGAAGGCAGAAAGUAGGUUCAAAUAUCUUUUUAAGCGAAAACAGAGUUGAUAUUUGUAAUUCUCACCUCGAAAAAGACUCAAAUAUGAAUUUUCAUACCAAUAAAAAAAUAAAUUAUCUACAUUUUUUACCUAGCCACCACACUUCGAUUUUUUUUUUCUUAAGAAGAUCACACAAAAAGUGGGAUAUCUUUAUAAUGAUUCCAUUUAUUAUUUUAAUUAAUUUUCAUUAUUUGCUAAUUAUAAUUACUGAUAAAAUAAGAAUUAGAUUUCUCCAUCUUAUGAUAUAUUGCGUUCUUUUCUUUUCUUAUGUAUUUGGAAUUUAAUGACUGACCAAUAUACUGUGCUAAUAAAUAUAUAGUAGAAUAACCUUAAAUCAAAGCAUUUUGUACUUAUGUUGACAAUUUCACAUUGAGACCGAAGAUUUGUGUAUUGCAGCAUCAUGGUCAAUGCCUGUAUAUGAUAGAUACCAAUCAAAAUGUAUAAGAUCAACUGGGUUCUAGGUUAAAUGAACCUAAAGUAUUUAAUUUUCUGGUUUAAAGGUAAAGAAAUAGAUUAUAUCUAAAGUUUACUUAUUUAAUUGUAUUUUUUUUUUUUUUAAAUUUGUGUAAGAAUACUCAAAAGAUAUUUAAAUUUUUUUCUAAAUAUCACUUUUUUAAUAACACAAUGAAAAAUAAAAAUGGCAUAACUUUUUUCAUAUCAAUUAAAAAAGAAAAGAUUGAACCUACAAAUUGAAAAUUUUCUUUUUUAAAAAGAACUGAAAUUUUAUCCAUAUUUGCAAUGAGGUAGAUUAUAUAAAGGCACAUGAUUUUUAAUGUAGCGAAGUUAAUUUCUCUUUUUCCCUCCAUAAAAUACAAGCUUGAUGAUUUAUUGUAAAAGAUACUCAAAUCUCAGAAAAUAAAAUUGAAAACAAAUAUGGAGAAAAUUCUGAAUAUGAUGAGUUUAAUUUUAAAGCUUAAAUUCUUAAAAGAUUUAUAGCUUUUAUUCAUCAUUUAAGAAGCUUUGAUCUAGAUUUGCGAAACUGUUUAAAUGUAGACCCAACC